AUGGCAUCGACUGAGGCCUCACACCCAACGUCUUUCACAGAUCUCCCCAACGAGUGUAUCUUGCUCAUCGUCGAGGAGCUUGCUGAACCCAACGGUUGGUACUACGAUCUCCCCACGGAUGUCAAGAAUCUCUCUCUUGUGAUUGCGAUGCCUCGGACCAGCGACAAAGUAGAUGCCGGCAUAUUGAAGGGACUAUCCAAGCCGACCUUUUUCUCAUCCAGGAUAAACGCUUUCCAGAUCACACUCUUGCAGAACGACUAUCCGGACUUCUACAACAGCUUUGUCAAGGCACUCACAAAUAUGACCCAGCUACGUCAACUAAAGGUCACCUUGGACAAUAAUGUCAUUGUGGCUUCCCGCUUGCGUAUGGAGCUCAAGAGAACGGAGGCCAAACUUCCCACAGUCCAGGUCUUACAUCUCACCACAGCACCUGACGCUGGCGCCCUCCUCCUGGUCUGUCCCCAAUUGACGAGCUUGGUCGCAGACGAUAUGACGCUGGGUUGGAAGUCGGCAUUGAGAGCCAUGCCGACGCUACGAAGUCUCCGCCACCUCCAGGUGAGGAAGAAUACGACCAAUUGGACGGCCCGAGCCAUUCGAGGUAGGUUUCCCCGGUUCUGA